UUGAGCUUGUGGAUUCAGGAUUGCGAUUUCCUAUUUUCAGUGAUUUUACAAUAUAAACAAAGCAGUUUCUCCUAAAAAUAAUAUUGAAGAUGACCUUAAAUCUUGCCCGUAAAGACGGCGGUCCUGGAUACGUGGGUAUACAAUUUUGUCAAGAAUGCAACAACAUGCUUUACCCGCGAGAAGACAAAAACAACAAAGUUUUGUUAUACGCGUGUAGAAACUGUGAUUAUAAGCAACUCGCAGAUUCUAAUUGCGUCUAUGUCAACAAAAUUAUGCACGAAGUAGAUGAGUUAACGCAUAUUAACCCAGACGUAGUCAGUGACCCCACAUUGCCUCGAACGAAGGAUCACAUGUGCCCGAAGUGCAAUCACAGAGAAGCUGUAUUUUUCCAAGGACAAACGCGACGAGCUGAAGAGGAGAUGCGACUUUAUUACGUCUGCACCAGCUGCAAGCACAGGUGGACUGAAUGAACUGUACGGUAUUACUUUAAAAUUAAGAAAAUUAAAUCAG